GAAAAUUUUCAUAGUUGGUCGGAGUAGAGAAAAAAAAUAAAAUUUUCUUUAAUUAAAGUAAAUUAAAUUCAAUUGGCUGUUGAUAGUCUGUCGGAGUACUUCGAUAUUUUUCACAGUUACUGAAGUUUAAAAAGGGUGCUGUUUGGAACUGCCAUUAUUUUUGAUUCUUAAAUUUUCUGUCAAUCGAUUUUUUGACUUAUCGAAUUUACUAAUAAAAUUUUAAGAAAAGGAAAGAGCUUUAAGACAUGAUACGAAGUGUAAUUAAGAGUCCUAAAAAUAUUGCAUCAGAAGUUCGAUGCCUUUACAGCUCAUACGUAAAGAACGAGCCCUCAGCACCAUGUGCAAGGACAGAUAUUCCUGGUCCAAAAUCAAAAGCCUUGUUAGACAAUUUGAAUAAAUUGCAACAAGCAAAUUCUGUUCAAUUCUUCGCAGACUAUGAUAAAAGUAUUGGAAAUUAUCUCGUCGAUGUUGACGGCAAUGAAUUACUUGAUAUUUACACUCAAAUAUCAAGCAUGCCGUUAGGAUACAAUCAUCCUGAUGUAUUGAAAGUCUUUAAAGAUGAUCAUAAUAUUCGCACAUUAAUUAAUAGACCUGCUUUGGGUGUCUUCCCUGGAGCUGAUUGGCUUGAUAAACUUGAGAAUGUUCUCAUGCCUGUUGCACCAAAAGGACUUCCAUGUAUAACAACAAUGAUGUGUGGAUCAUGCAGUAAUGAGAAUGCAUUUAAGAACAUGUUUUUGUGGUACAGAAGGAUCCAACGUGGUGAAAAUGUUGAAUUUACUGAAGCUGAAAAGCAGAGUUGCAUGAUUAAUCAGGUACCAGGAUCUCCAAAUCUCUCUAUUUUAUCAUUUAUGGGAGGCUUUCAUGGAAGAACAAUUGGAUCUUUAUCAACUACUCAUUCAAAGUACAUUCACAAGAUUGAUGUACCAGCAUUAGAUUGGCCAAUUGCACCAUUCCCAAAAUAUAAAUAUCCAUUGGAAGAAAAUGUAAAUGAAAAUAAGCAGGAAGAUGCUCGUUGCUUAGCAGAAGUCGAGUCAUUGAUUGAAAAAUGGAAUAAAAAGAAUCAUCAUGUUGCAGGUAUUAUAGUCGAACCGAUUCAAGCUGAAGGUGGUGACAAUGAAGGAUCACCAGAAUUUUUCCAAGGCUUACAACAACUUGCUAAAAGAAAUGGCGUUGCAUUAUUGAUUGAUGAAGUACAGACUGGUGGUGGUCCAACUGGAAAAUUCUGGUGUCAUGAACAUUUUAAUCUUGACGGUCCACCUGAUAUUGUUACAUUCUCAAAGAAGAUGCAACUUGGUGGAUAUUAUCACAAGCUUGAUUUCAGACCACAACAAGAAUACAGAAUCUUUAAUACGUGGUGUGGAGAUCCUGGCAAAGUAGUCAUUCUUGAAUCUAUAUUGAAUGUGAUAAAACGUGACAACCUUCUUGAUAAUGUUAAUAAAGCUGGAAAUAUUUUGAAACAAGGAUUAUUCCAAGCUGAAAAGGAAUUUCCAAGCAUCGUUAAUUCAACUCGUGGUCGUGGUACAUUCUUAGCCAUUAAUGCAAAAGAUGGAAGUACUCGGGACACUAUAGUUAAGAAAUUGAAACAGAAGGGCAUUCAAUCUGGAGGAUGUGGAGACGUUUCAAUAAGAUUCCGACCAGCAUUGAUUUUCGAGCCAAAACAUGCUAACAUCUUCUUAGACAAAUUCCGAGAGAUUUUAAAGGAGCUUUAAAUGACAUGAUUAAGACAAAGAAUAGCUAAAAGCCAAUGAUAUUCACAUACAGCUCUUCCAAACACAACAAUAUGCACGACGAGAUAUUCUCAAAAAAAUUUUUCUUUUUUUUUUAUUUUAAAAUUAUAUAAUUUAUAUUUUGAGCAUGUCUGUAGGCAGAGAUAAAUUCUAAGAUAACUAAUGUUCAAAAGUAUCAGCACAAGGAUGAUUCAAGCAUGUUUUCCUGAAUUCAUUUUAUUAAUAAUUUUAAUUUCAAAAUUUUAUCGGUAUUUUAGUGAAAAUUCAGGAAAAUGUUCUUUAAUAGAUGUGAUCGCAAAGCAUUUACGGUCUUCCAUAGCAUUUAUCUUUAUGUGGUGUUCAAUGUUAGCAAAAUUCGCAAAUAAAUAUACACAUUUUUUUGGCAAUAAAAUAUAGUUAAUCAACAAGUGGUUGGUCGCAAAGUAAACAGCU